AUGGCCCAGGCUCCGGCGCGCGCCGCCUCCGCCGUGCGGCUCUUCGACGCGCACUGCCACCUGCAAGACCCCCGCGUCGCGGCCGUCGCCCCCGCCCUCAUACGCGCCGCCGCCGCAUCCGGCGUCGCACGCUUCGCUGUAAACGGCACCUCCGAGAAGGACUGGCACCUGGUGAAGCAGAUGGGCGAGGAUCACCCAGCCGUCGUCCCCUGCUUCGGCCUGCACCCAUGGUGGGUACCCGAGAGGUCGCCGGAUUGGAUGAAUUCGCUGCGGCGUUUCUUCGCCGAAACCCCAGAGGCGGCUGUUGGGGAGAUUGGUCUGGACAACGGUUCACAUGGAAAAACCAUCGACUUCGGAGAACAGGUUGAAGUGUUCCAACGACAACUUGAACUUGCUAAGGAAUUGGAGAGACCUGUUUCUGUUCAUUGUGUGCGGGCAUUUGGUGAUCUUCUGGAAGUACUGAAGCAAACUGGACCUUUCCCAGCAGGCGUAUUGUUACAUUCUUAUAUGGGAUCUUCAGAAAUGGUGUCUGGCCUUGCAAAUUUAGGCUGUUACUUUUCACUAUCUGGCUUCUUGAUAGGCAUGAAAUCCACUAAAGCGAAGCAAAUGCUGAAGUCAAUACCCUUGGAUAGAAUUCUUUUAGAGACAGAUGCACCUGAUGCAUUACCAAGAUUGGACAAUGUUUCUGUAUCAUCAGUCCCUGUUCACAGUUCAGAUGCAGAUACUGAAAAGUGUCACAUAGAUUCAGAAUCACAGGCUGCUAAUGCAUCAAAUGAGUCCUUGAACCAUCCAGAAAAUAUCCAUAUCGUUUUGAAGUAUGUCGCAUCCCUCCUUGAAAUGCCAGAGUCAGAAUUGGCGGAGCUGAGUUACAAGAAUGCUACCAAGCUGUUUUCUUAUCCUGGCUCCAAAGUUCAACAUGAAGGUGAAGCCAUCUAA